AUGGGGCAAACAGUAUCAAAAGAAGAGAUAAAAGAAGAGAUUGAAAAACAAUUAAACAUUUGUUUCCUCUCACUUGAUCAAGAAGAUAUUCACUCAAAGAAUUCAAUUUCAUUUAAUCUUUCAACUGUAUCCGCUCACAAAGGAUCAAUAGAUUUUAUUUUUAAUAAAACUAGUAAUAAUAAUAGUAGUUUAAUAGGUAGCAAUGGAUUUGUAAACAUUAGUAAUAAUAAUAUAAUUGAUGAUUUAAUUAAAGAUAAAUCAACUUCAAUAUUAUUACAAUAUGCAAAUAAACAUAACGAUCAUGAUUUAAAUAAAAAUAAAAAUAAUAAUAAUAAUUCUGAAGAAAAUAAUAAUAAUAGUGGUGAAGGAGAUGAAGAUAAUACUGGAGAAAAAGCACCACCACCAGCACCAUCAUCACCAUUGUCACCAUCAUCAUCAUCAUCAACGUCAACAACAACAACUCCAUUAUCAACAUCAAUUUCAUUAAAUGAUUUAAAUUCAAUGCCAAGAAAAAGAACAACCAUUAAAUAUAAACAAGGUAGUUUCGAAGCAUCUUCAUAUGAUGGUGAUGAAAUUUCAAUUCAAGUUGUUAAAAAGAAUUGGAUAAAUAAUAGUAAUGAUAAUAAUAGUCAACAAAGACCAAGGUUAUAUGAAAGAUCUUUAAAAACAUCACAACAACAACAACAACAACAACAACAACAAUUUAAAUUUCAACCAAAUGAAACAUUAUCUCUAUGGGAAUAUUUUGAUGAAAUUAAUUCACCACCAAUGCUUUAUAAUAUUGAUCAAAAUAAUUUAAAUUUUACAAAUAAUUAUAUAGUUCAAGAGAAAUUAAAUUCAUUGGAUAAUAAAGAUGAUGAUGAUAAUAAUAAUAAUAAUAAUAAUAGUAAUAGUCAAUCAUUCACAUUUAAUAAAGAAUUUAUAAAAUCAGUAUUACAAUCAUUUUCAACAUAUAUAAGUUCAUUACCAAAUUCAAUUCAUUUCACAGAUACAAAUAUACCACCAUCAAUUGAUUAUACUUCACCAAAUGUUUUAAAACUUCAUCCAAAUUUAUUACCAAUAAUUGAAAUCAUUUAUAAUGAUAUUGAUAAUAAUGAUAAUGAUAAUGAUGAUGAUGAUGAUAAAAAUAAUAAUAAUUUAAAUGAUAAAAUAUUUAUAAUUUAUAAAAAAUAUAAUUAUACAUUAGAUGGAUUAUUAAGAUAUAGUUUACAAUAUUUACAAAGGAAUCAAAAGAUAACAACAUUUAUGAUUUAUCAAUUGAUACAAUUAUUUUCAUUUUUACAUCAACGAGAGAUUGUUCAUGGUGAUUUACAACCAUCAAAUAUUCAUUUAAAUAAUCAAAUGUGGUUAGGAUUAGAGGGUUUUUCAUUCCCUUCAACUCCAUUAUAUCAUCAACCUUUAGAGAAUCAAUUUGAAAGUUCAAUGAAUAAAUGGAUCAAUGGUGAAUUAUCAAAUUUCAAUUAUUUAAUGAUUUUAAAUCAUUUAGCUCAUCGUCAUAUUGGUGAUCCAAUGAAUCAUCCUGUUUUACCUUGGGUAAUUGAUUUUACAACUUCACCAAUUAAUAUUGAUAAUGAUAAUGAUAGUCGUGAUGAUGUUGAUAAUAGUAGUAGUAGUAAUAAUAAUAAUAAUAAUAAUAAUGAAGAUCAAUCAGGGAAAACAGUAGGUUGGAGAGAUUUAACAAAAACAAAAUAUAGAUUAAAUAAAGGUGAUGAACAAUUAGAUUUUCAAUUUUUUAAUACUGGUAAUUCAACGACAUUAGGUGAUGAUAGUAUGGGUGGUGGCAUUGGUAGUAUUGGUAGUACUGGUGGUAUAACAAAUAGUAGUAAUAAUGGUGGUGGUGGUGGUAGUGGUAAUAGUGGUAAAGCACAUCAUAUUUCUGAUAUACUUUCAGAGUUAACAUAUUAUAGUUAUUUAGCAAGAAGAACAUCAGUACCAUUAUUAAGAAGAUUCGUACGUACAAAUUAUGAACCAAAUGAAUAUCCAGCAACGAUGGAACGUCUUUAUCGUUGGACACCUGAUGAAUGUAUACCAGAGUUUUUUACAGAUUCAACUAUAUUUAAAUCGAUUCAUUCUGAUAUGCCAGAUUUACAAUUACCAGAUUGGGUACCGAAUCAAUCCACUCAAGAAUUUAUAAAAAUUCAUAUGAAUGCAUUAGAGAGUGAUCAUGUUUCAAAACAAUUACAUUCUUGGAUUGAUUUAACUUUUGGUUAUUUAUUAUCUGGUGAAGAAGCUAUUAAAGCAAAGAAUUUAGCAUUAAUGGAUACAACUAUUCCAAGAAAUAAUGGUAUCGUUCAAUUAUUUAAUCAUCCUCAUCCAAAGAAAAAAUAUUUAAAAUCUUUAAAAUAUCAAAGACAACAACAAACUCAACAGCAUCAACAACAAACUCAACAACAACCACAAUUUGAUACAGAAUUUACAAUUAAAUUUAAUGAGAGUUCAUUUAGAUAUGAAAAUCAAAAUAUAAAUCAUAAUAGUACAUUCUUACCAAAUACAACUAUAAAUUCAAUUUUAAAUAAUUUAUCAAAUGUAAAUAAUCAUCAUCAUCAUCAUAGUCAUAAUAGUAAUAUUCCUAAUACAGUAUCAUCAAGAUCAGAUUCAUUCGGUUCAAAUAGUUCAUCUAGUGCACCUGGUAAUAGUAAUAGUAAUAUUUUAUUAUCACCAUCAAUGAGUAGCAGUAUGGGUAGUUUAAAUAGUGCGACAUCACCAUCAUCACAAUCACAAUCAUCUCAUCAACAAACUUCAUCAACACCAACUAGUCAAACACAAAGGUCAUUUUCAAUUAUUAAUAAUAAUAAUAGUAGUAGUAGUAGUAAUAGUGGUGUUAAUAAUAAACCAAGAACAUCAUCAGGUAAAAAAGAGGGUGAAAAUAAACCAUCACUUGCAAAAUUUUUACCAUCAUUAUUUACACAAGCCAUUAAAAUCGAAAAAGAAGAUAACUCAAUUGUAUCAUCUUCACCAACAAAUACACCAGUUCAAAUUGAUCUUUUAUCAAGUGUAAAUUCAAAUUAUAUUGGUUAUGGUAGUAGUAUUGGUAAUUCUUCAAUGCAACAUCAAUUAUAUUUACAACAACAACUACAACAACAACAACAACAACAAGCGCAGCAACAACAAUCACAACAACAAUCACAACAACAACAAGCAAACUCACCAAAUAGUAAACAAUUACAUUUAAUUCAUUCAAAAUCUGAAGAAUCAAUGAUAAAGAAAUAUAGUAAUGGUUUAUUUUCAUCAAUGGGUAUUAGUAAGAGUACUACUAAUGCACCAACAACAAAUAAUACCACUACAAAUAGUAAUAUGGGUGAUAGUAUUGGAAAUAAUAUAACAAGUCCACCUUCACCAACUUCAUUAAAGGAUUCAUCAUCAAUUCAACAACAACAACAACAACAACAACAACAACAACAAAAUAGUGAAUCAACUAGACCAAUAACACCACCAAAUGUAUCAAAUAGUACAACUGAUUUAUCUUCAAUUUAUACAAAUCAAGAACAUAUAAUUGAACCAUUACCAGCUGAAUUAGAACUUGAAUUAUAUGAAUAUGAAUUAUUGAAUAAAGAUGUCACUGGUAUUAAUGCAAAUAUAAUUUAUUCAUCAUCACCAACAAAUGUUUCUACUACUACUAAUACAACUACUUCUACUACUCAACCAUACAUUAUCUAUAACAAUAACACUACACAAAAUAAUGUAGCAUCAUAUCAUUCACAACAAAAAAAACCAAAUGUAUUUAUAGAAUCAUUAUUAAAUUGUGAAUUAAAUAAUGAAUUUGGUCAUAAUUUUGAAAAUUUAUUACCAAUUUACAGACCAUUAGAAUUUAAUGAUAAUAAUAGUGGUAGUAGUGAGUUAUCAAUAGAUAAUGAAAAGAAUAAAGGAUUAAUUAAAAUAUUUUCAAAUAAUAAAGAACAAAGUAAUUUAGAAAUAUUAAAAUCAAAUGAUAUGUUUGCAUUAGGAUGUAUUAUAGCAGAAUUAUAUCAAGGUUAUCCAUUAUUUACAUCAAAAGGAUUAGAAAAUCAUUUCUUAAAUCAUUCAAAUAGUAGUAAUAAUAAUAAUAAUAAUAAUAAUAAUAAUAAUAAUAAUAAUAAGAAUGGAUCAUUUAUGAUAACUUCAAAUUUACCAAAUAAUGUUAAAGAGAUUGUUGAUAAAUUAAUUCAACCAAAUCCAAUGGAAAGAAGUGAAGUAAAUGAAUUAUUAUCAUCAUCAUUAUUUCCAAAUUAUUUUAAACAGAUGUACCAUUUCUUGGUUCAUUAUCAUUCAUUAAAUACACCAGAGGAGAGAUUAACAUUUACUUUGGCAAAUAUUGGUAUUGUGACAUCAUUACCAAAUGAAUCUAUUGAUUUAAUUCUACCAUUUAUUUUAGAACUAUUCUAUGAUUCUAAAACUAUGGUAUCGGCAUUAAUAGAUUUAUUGGAUCCGUUAUCACAGAGAUUAGGUAUACAUUUAUCAACUAGCUAUCUACUACCAUGUCUGAUAGCCCUAUAUCAGAGACAUGACGAUCAUCUAUUACAAUGUCAUUUAAUUCAAAUACCAAUGAUCGAUAUGAUAGUUUCAAGAUUUGGAAGGGACGUUUACAUUCAUCAUAUACUACCAUUCCUAUUGGACAGUGUUAAAACCAAUCCAAAGGAUAACCCAAAUCAUGAAAUGUUGACAACUGCAUUGAUAAAGAUAUCCAAAGUCCUAGGUAUACCAUUAACAAUUAGACAUAUGAUGUAUCCACUAUUGGUUGCAUUAACUAAACCACGUCUUCAACAUUUAAAUGAACCAUUGGUUGCAAUAGCUUCAAGUCUUGGUGAAAAUGUUAUUGUCAAAUUUUAUUUCCCUUCCAUUUUCAUACUAAUUCAAAAACAUUCUUCAAAAGCAUCAAGAUCUGAAUCGAUACCAUGUACUUUGUUAUCAUUAUUACAAGAAUUAAUCCUAUUGGUUAAACCUGGUUUAGUAUUAAGAUCAUUGCUAAAAGAAUCGACUCAAUUGGCUUCAUUAUUAUUAAAUCCUUCAAAUACUUCAUUACUAUUACCAUUGGCUGAAACUUUAUUAAGAAUCUCUGGUAGAAUCGGUGUAAAUCAUACAAAAAAUUAUAUAUUAAAGUAUGUUCAACAAUUCUUUUCAAAUUAUUCAGAUCUCUAUGAUUAUAGCGGUGAUAAUAGUUAUGCUAAAAUUGGUGGUGAUUCUGAAACUACAAAACAAUUACGUAGUAUUUAUUCACCUGAAAUGACUUAUUAUCUUUAUUAUAAAUUAGCAAGAAUCAUUGGUUUUGAAGUUAUGAGAGCUGAAAUCUCUGAUAAUUCUUUAAUUGAACAUAUAAUGAGAAUUUAUAUAAAAGAAAAUAAUAUUAAAACUACAAAUUCAACAAUAACAACAACAACAACAACAACAACAACAACAACAACAACAACAACAACAAAUAAUAAUAAUGAAAAUCCAAAUAGUUUAAAUUUUAUACCACCAUAUGUUUCAGACGAUGGAUUAUAUGAUAUAAUUGAAGAAACUUUAGAUCAAAAAAUUAGUUCAACUUAUUUAUUAGAUGAUUAUCAAGAUUAUGAUGAUUUAAUUUGUGAUAAAACAUUUACAUUACAAGGUAAUAUAGUCGCACAAUAUAAAGAACAUAAUGCAUCUAUUAAAUCAUUGGCUGUAUCACCAUCUGAGGAAAGAUUUAUAAGUGGUUCAAAAGAUAAUCUUGUUAAAAUUUGGAGUUUAGAUUCAACUAAAUCAUUAACAACCUAUAAUCAACAUAUGCAUACAGCUCAUACAGUACAUUUUGUAUCCUCGUUAGUGGCAAGUUGUGAUAUUACCUCCAUUCAAGUUUGGGACCCAGAGAGUAAAAUUAAGGUGAAUGUAUUUUAUGAGCCAACUGGUAGUUUCUCAUGUUUUGAGCCAAUCUCUUCUAAAUAUUUAAUUGCUUCAACUUGUGAAUCAACCCUAUCGUUCUAUGACCUUUCCAUGGGUUCAUUGACUCACGAAUGGUCAUUGGCAUAUCAAACUGGUCAAGCUAUACGUUGUAUUGCCACCUCUAAUGACCAUUUAAUAGGCUCAAACUCUAACCAAUUCUCUUCUUCCUCUUUUAUUGCUAGUGCUACUCCAACUUGGGUUGCUACAGGUUCUUCAUCUGGUAUGAUCACUCUAUUGGACACUAGAACCGGUACAAUCUUGGAACAAUGGAAAUCACAUCAUGAUAGUCCUGUCAAUAAGCUAAUUGCUCAAGGAUCACGUUAUCUUAUCUCUUGUGGUGAUAAAUCUGUAAUUCAAUGGGACCUUCAUCAAUCACCACCAAUCAUUUCAAAAAUGUGGAAAGGUUUUAAAGAUAACAUUACAAAUGCUUCCCUCUAUCAAAAUGAUCUCAUAGUUUCCUCUGGUCAUAAAUUAUCUUCAAUGACACUUUUAGAUGAUCCUUAUCAAUUAACUAGUGGUGGUGGUAAUCAAAAUACAUUUAGAGUUGAUGGCUUAAAAUUAAAUACUCCAAAACAAUCAAAUAUUUUAAGUUUAUCUUUCUUUCCAUUACAUCAUGUUUUAUUAGCUGGUACUGAUGAUGGUUUUAUUAAAAUUUGUCAAUAA